GGUCUUUUCAGUGUGUUAUUUGAGCGAAUGGCGAUGGAAGCAUGGAGGAGCUCUUCCUCAACCUGAACGCUUCAAACAUUCACACUUCAUUCUCAGAGAUCGCAUCGCAAACACUUUGCGUUUCAAUAAAUCCAUUCUAUCAGCCUCUUCGAUCCUUUCAUUAGCCUUCCCAUUCCAUUCCUCGCAUUUCGGGGUUGCUGAGAAGGUGUGCGAGAGGAGUGUGAUGAAUUGUGGCGAGGAAGACAAGAAAUGGAAUUGUGGAAAAGCUGGUGCUGUCAAUUUGCGAAGAGUGAGUUCCAUCGUACGCGACAUUGGGGAUCCGUGCCUCUCUCAGUCGCCUGUAAAGGUUGUUGUAACUGUAAAGAGGAAGCUUAAACCAGACAAAUGGCAAGCCAUGUCUGAUGGUGAAGGAAAGGUGUUUGGUUUCCGUAAGGCGCUAAAAUUGAUUGUGUUAGGGGGUGUAGAUCCAUCAAUAAGACCUGAAGUUUGGGAGUUUUUACUAGGUUGUUAUGCACUUAGCAGCACUGCUGAGUAUCGAAGAAGGUUGAGAGCAGCUAGGAGGGAGCAUUAUAGUGAUCUGAUUAAGCAAUGCCAAACAAUGCAUUCAAGUGUAGGAACUGGUUCAUUGGCAUAUGUUGUUGGAUCCAAAGUGAUGGAUAUGAGGACUUCAUCCAAAGAUGAAAGGAAAGAGCAACCUAAAAUAGAAAGAUCGACUUAUAAUUAUAAUGAUAUUGAAGUAGGAAAACAUAGUGAUAGGAGCAUUACUUGUACAGAGGCAGCAGAUGCAAGCCAUAGGGAAAGUUCCAAUAAUGGGGUUGAUCUAUUUAGUUUGAGAGCAAGCACUGAUAAUGCAACAUAUGAUUCUUCUGGUCAAAGAAACUCUAGUUCCCCAAAGUUAGAGAGAGAAGCAGAGGGAUCACAUUUUGUGAUUGACAGUAGUUUUGAUUUUCCUUCUUUACCUGUCUCUAAUCUGUUUGAAAAGAGUGGUAAAGAUAAGAAGUCAGGCACAGAGCAUUAUGAUAAACUUCCUGCACAGGACAAAUCCAGAUUUGAAGAUGACAGUAUGCAUAGUUUUCGAAUUAAUAACAAUGUAGACUUAGUUAUUGAAUCUAAUAGCCAACAACCUCUUGCUGCCUUACAUCCCAUGGACUCUGAAAUUGAAAUUGCUUCUCCUGAUGAGGAAGAACCGGAAUUUCUGUCUGACAAACCAGUUUAUGAAUUACAAAUGGUAAAUCAACUCAAAAUUUCAGAUGUACCACAGCCAGCAAUGAUAAGUGCCUCGGUUUCUCAAGAAUGGCCUGUCAGUGAAGAUAGAGUAUCAGAAUGGCUAUGGACCUUGCAUAGGAUAGUUGUUGAUGUUGUGAGGACUGAUAGUCAUCUUGAAUUCUACGAGGACGCAAGAAAUUUAGCUAGAAUGUCAGAUAUUCUUGCUGUCUACGCAUGGGUUGAUCCAGAAACAGGAUAUUGUCAAGGUAUGAGCGAUUUGCUGUCUCCCUUUGUUGUAAUCUUUGAGGAUAAUGCAGAUGCAUUUUGGUGUUUUGAGAUGCUUUUAAGGAGAAUGAGAGAAAAUUUUCAAAUGGAAGGCCCAACUAGAGUGAUGAAGCAGCUGCGAGCAUUAUGGCAUAUUCUUGAACUGUUAGACAAAGAAAUGUUUUCCCACCUGUCAAAAAUUGGUGCUGAAAGUCUCCAUUUUGCAUUUCGUAUGUUGUUAGUUCUCUUUCGGAGAGAGUUGUCUUUCAAUGAGGCUCUUUCAAUGUGGGAGAUGAUGUGGGCAGCUGACUUUGAUGAAUCCUUGGCAUUUGAUUUAGAAGAGAAUUGUUUGGAGGCCUUGGAGGUACAUCUUCCUAGAGACUCAAGCAAUGAUAUGAGAGAAGAAAUUGAAACUAAUGAUGGCAGCAUGAAGAGUGGUUCACAAUCAAAUCACAAUGAAAAUGACAACACAAAAGCCAGCCUGCAGUCAAAUCAUGGGAACACUAAUGAUGUCAAACUGAAGUCACACUCAUCCCAUAGCUUUUGUGGCUUGGCAAGGAAUAUCUGGCCAAGAAACAAUCAAGUUCAAAUGAACAGUAUUUCCUCCUUAACAAGAAAAGAAACUGAUGAGUUGGCCAUAUUCUGUGUCGCAGCAAUUCUAGUUUUAAACCGCCAGAAGAUCGUUCGAGAAACUCACUCUUUUGAUGAUAUGAUAAAGAUGUUCAAUGACAAGAUGUUGAAGAUCAACGUAAAAAGAUGCAUAACAACAGCAAUCAAACUCCGAAAGAAAUAUUUUAACAAGGUAAUCAACAAAAAGAGCUAUGUUGCACAGCAAGGAAACUAAGGUUAUAUCAUUGUAAUAUGCUCGACAUAAAAGCACUGAAUCACAAAGUAUCACUUGUAUGGCUCAGCAUUCCCACAUUGGAGUUUGGUGUUAUAACUUUUUAGCCAUUACUUAUCCACUUUGGACGGGAGUCUUUGUAAGAUAAAGUGAUUUUGCUUUUGGAGGUUCACCCAGCUGUUGUACUUCGUUACUCUUUUUUUAUGAGCCAGUGAAAAGAUUGACAAGGGGAUCUUUCAUCACUCUGGUUGCUCCUCGGUUUGAUCACUUUGCAGUCUUGGAUUAUUGGCACAGAUUAUGCAACUAAAUUUCUUUCAUUGUACCUUUGCUUCAGCUCAUAUUUCUUGAGAAAAUCUUAUGCGAGAAAGGGGAAUAUUAUAGUAUAUGUAAACGUAUAUAGUCAAUUUUUG